UCUCACACUGAGUGGUUUACCUUUUAUAAAAUGCAUGGGAAAAACGCGGAUAAAGCAAGUGUAAUUGUGAUCGGAGGCGGCCUGGUCGGUUCUUUAUGUGCAUGUUUGAUGGCCCAAAGAGGAUACAGGGUGACGCUAUACGAAAAACGAGAAGACAUUCGACGAACUAGAGCCAAUCAGGGCCGAUCGAUAAACUUGGCUCUAUCACAUCGGGGGCGAAAAGCCCUGCGACUUAUCGGGAUAGAGGCGAAUAUACUGAAAAAUGCCAUUCCCAUGUCCGCCAGGUUUUUACACAACGAAUUCGGAUCGCGCACAAUUAUGCCAUACGAUCCCACUUCAAAGCAGUGCAUCUAUUCGGUAGGCAGAAAUGCAUUAAAUUGCGCAUUAUUGACAGAGGCAGAAAGUCGCUUUAAUGUUGAUGUGAAAUUCAAUCAGAAACUAGUUGGUGUCGACUUCGGAAAGGGCGCAGUCACUGUGCAAUGCACUGUAACGAACACAACACUAACAGUAAGUGCCGAUUUCAUAAUGGGAGCAGAUGGGGCGUUUUCCACUUUGAGGCUCUUCCUGCAGAAAUGCCCCCUGUUUGAUUUUUCGCAGUACUUUAUCGACCACGGAUACCUCGAAUUGAGUGUGCCGGCUGAAAGAGGUGAUGGAUUGGUCAACAACCACCUGCACAUAUGGCCUAGAGGUGAAUUUAUGAUGAUUGCCCUACCAAACCAAGACCACUCUUGGACUGUAACGCUUUUCAUGCCGUUCAAGCAGUUCGCUGCGAUUAACAGCCCGGAAAAACUGCUGCGGUUCUUCCGCAGCCGAUUUCCCGACGCUCUGCCCUUAAUAGGGGCACGUGAACUUGAGGAAGUUUACUUUGGAAAUGCGCCUGCAUCUCUGGUGUCCAUCAAAUGUGGCCGAUUUCAUAUCGGCGAUAAAUUCCUGAUUAUUGGCGAUGCUGCCCAUGCAAUGGUGCCUUUCUUUGGCCAAGGGAUGAACGCUGGCUUUGAGGAUUGCACUCUACUCGACGAACUCCUCAAUCACACUAAGGGCAAUCUAGCUGAAACCGCGCGGCUAUUUUCGGAAAUGAGGCUUCCAGACGCACAUGCAAUUUGCGAUCUUGCCAUGUACAACUACAAGGAAAUGAGAGAUUUGGUCACCAAACGUUCAUUCAAGUUGAGGAAACACUUGGAUAAAUACUUGUCCAAACUGAUGCCGCACAUUUGGAUUCCCCUGUACAUAUCGGUCAGUUUCACUCAUAUGAAGUACCGAGAGUGCCUGAAGAAUAAACAGUGGCAGGACAAAGUGCUCUUCGUGUUAUUGCUUUCAACGGCCGGCCUAAUGAUGUUGAUGUGUUUAGCGUUUGCAAUUACAUUUAAUCACUAAAUG